AUGUCGAUGGAUUCCGAUCGAGAAAUGGACGUUGCAGAAGGACCUGAUCCAACAAUGCGACCAACACAUCGUCUAAAAGAUAUCAAAGCGGGAGACGACAGCGUACAGCUCCUCGUAUCUACGAAGGAUCACGUUUACGAUGCAGAGAACGUGGAAGCCGGUGUGAAUUCUUGGCAAGUGAUCGGCGCUUGGGACGAAUCCUCGGUUCCAGAACUCUCCAAGUUUCUGAGCAGUCGCCAGACGACCAUAGCCCGAGAUUACAAUGGUAAAUCUACAUUUGGGACAAUGUAUGGAAGCGGAUUUAAGCUCGGCAGGCGGGAAGAAAGCAGUGGAACGGCCUCUAAAUGA